AUGUUUGUCUUUCCCUGGGUGUGUUGCCUGCGGAGAAGAGUGUACACAAAAGCUCUUGUGCGCUAGAUUAAGGAGUCGGGUAGGAUACUUUGUCACAAGCUAGAGAUGUACUUCGCUCUUCAUUACCUUUUCUGGUAAAUUUUGUUAGGUUCAUAACUUAAUGUGCUUUGUUUCUAUCUCAUUAGUCCUCGAAGACUCGCUGGCCAUUCUCUCAUGGUUCUUCUUCUCCAUGUGAACUCAGGGAAUCCGAAGAACUCGAAGCUUUCUAAUGCAGUUAACUCUGAACCACAGACCGUGUUGCCUACUAUCGAAGUACCUGCAUUAUCUUUGGACGAACUCGUAGAGAAAACCGAUAAUUUUGGUUCAAAAUGUCUGAUUGGGGAAGGCUCAUAUGGGAGGGUUUACUAUGCUCGUUAUGAUGAUGGGAAAGAUUUCGCUGUCAAAAAACUCGACGCUUCAUCUGAGCCCGAGUCUAACAACGAGUUUCUAACCCAGGUUCGUCCAGUGCAUGAUAAGUUACUCCGCACAGUUCUCUCUCUCUCCUUCUCUCCUAACUGGGUUUCCGAAAAUCAGGUCGCCAUAGUGUCGAGGCUGAAGCAUGAGAAUUAUGUGGAGUUGUUGGGUUAUUGUGUUGAGGGAAACACUCGCCUGCUGGCCUACGAGUAUGCCACAAUGGGGUCUCUCCAUGACGUCUUGCACGGUAAUAUCUUGGUCUGGGCCCACAUCGCUUCCAAUGCUUGGUCAGCCAUUCCUCAUGGACUCUCUCUCUCUCUCUCUCUAUCUUUAUCUCUUCAGGGAGGAAAGGGGUUCAAGGCUCGCAACCGGGUCCGGCACUGGACUGGAUGCAGCGGGUGAGGAUUGCGGUGGAUGCUGCGAGAGGACUGGAGUAUCUGCACGAGAAAGCUCAACCUGCUGUAAUUCACAGAGACAUCAGAUCGAGCAAUGUGCUCCUGUUUGAGGACUUCAAGGCCAAGAUUGCCGACUUCAACCUCCUGAAUCAGGCUCCGGACAUGGCUGCACGCCUUCAUUCCACUCGUGUUCUGGGAACCUUCGGCUACCACGCACCAGAGUAAGAAUGCUGCUUGGGCACUUGUGCCUCACGAUUUACACGCUUUUACCUCACCAUUUUUCUCUACUUUACUACAUCGGGUCCAUUGCAGGGAUGCCAUUGGAACCACUCCAGGCCGUCUCUCUCUCUCUCUCUCUCUCUCUCUGUUUCUCUCUCUAGAUAGGUUUAGAUGGAGAGCUGGGUUGUGCCUCAAUUUCUCUCUUUUUUUUUUUUGAUGGCAAUCUUCCAACGUUGAUUAUAGUUUGGAUUAUCUGUGUCUUGAUUGCAAUUUGGAGAAAAUAAAGUAUGAUAUGAGGGCUUUUAAUCAUCCCACUACUGUUCUUUUUAUUCCUGGAAUAGAAUUGUUGGACGAGAAUCUGAAGAUUUCUAUGAUCUGGUUGAAUUGCAGAUACGCCAUGACCGGUCAACUGACCGUGAAGAGUGACGUGUACAGCUUUGGGGUCGUCCUCCUGGAGCUGUUGACCGGCAGGAAGCCAGUGGAUCACACGAUGCCGAGAGGACAGCAGAGUCUAGUCACUUGGGUGAGUCUGGUUGACCCAAUCGGCUGCCUAUCUAUCCGGUCAACUGUCUUUGAGUGCGCUGUCUCAGUCGUGUUAUCUGAGGCUGUAAAGUGACUGAUUCUGUUCUAUGCUCUCUCUGCAGGCAACUCCAAGAUUGAGUGAAGAUAAAGUUAAGCAGUGCGUCGACCCAAGACUGCGAGGAGAGUACCCCCCCAAGGGAGUGGCAAAGGUCUCUCUCUCUCUCUCUCUCUCUCUCUCUCUCUCUAUCUAUUUAUCCAUCUAUCUAUCUGUGUACAUACACAUACAUACAUCGAAAGUUAUCUGCUUAGAAAGAUCCUUCUCUCUGUCUCUCUCCAUAUGCAUUUCUCACUCUCUCUUUCUCUCUCUAUGUGUAACCUAUAUGUAUACAUACAUAUACGCACGCACCCAAAGGGAUCUGCUUAGGUCCCUCUCUCUGUCUCUGUCUCUGUCUCUCUCUCUCUCUCUCUCUCUCUAUCUCGUCUAUAUGUUCUUCUAUCUACGUAUGGAUGCUGACGAGGGCUGUGCAUGUUCCUGCAGCUGGCAGCUGUGGCGGCUCUAUGCGUGCAGUACGAGUCUGAUUUCAGGCCAAACAUGACCAUCGUAGUCAAGGCUCUCCAGCCACUCCUCGUUCAGAAGCCUGCCGUCGGCGCUGCCGCCGCCGCCGCCAGCCCCCCUGCCGAUACCUGA